AUGUUGAAAUAUUUUUUGUCAAAUCUGUGCAGGUUCUGGCUGGCGGUGCAGGAGCUGAAGAAGCGCCCGAUCCGGGAGGUUCCCAGCAGGGUGCAGGAGAUCUGGGACGAGUUUCUGGCUUCUGGAGCUCCGAGUGCCAUCAACGUCGACUCCAGGAGCUACGACAAAACCACGCAGAACAUCAAGGAUCCCGGCCGAUACGCUUUCCAGGACGCUCAGGAGCACAUCUAUAAACUCAUGAAGAGUGACUCCUACAGCCGCUUCAUCAGAUCCAGCGCCUACCAGGAGAUGCUGCAGGCCAAGAAGAAGAAAAGCAAGAACCUUUUCUAGGGUCUGAAGCUCAGAUGCCGUCAGCAGGCGAAGCGCUUGUAAAAUCAUGCAAACGUCACGUUACACGUCUGUACAUUAAUGCUGAUGAUUAUACCGAGCAUGAGCCGAACACUCUGGACCUUCUCCAGGACUUUCAGAAGAGCCAUGGAUCCUCCGGAGAAUCACUCAUUCUGUCAGCGCUCACGCUUCUCACUUUCUCUCCAUCUCAGCUCUUAGUUAUUUUUAUAUCUAAGAACAUGUUUUGUUUUCUGCAAGCUUUGCUUCUGUAAGUGUGUACAGAUCUGGAGAAUCAGCGUGAUUUAUGAUGAGAACUCAUACAGUCACUGCCGCUUGAUGGACGUGAAAUAAUGUACAGUGUGGACUGUAAUGGAUGCUAAUAAUAAUAAUAUUUGGACACCUAUAAUUUACCAUCUGUACAUUAAACAUGACGCACCAUCCAUAAGGUAAUGUUCAUUUAUGGACUCAAUAAGAGAGAUGAUAACGUGAUGUGAUUUAUGGACCCUGAGCAACACGGAGCUGAGAUCUGCAUCAUACAGUGUUUCAUUUGAGUUCUGUUUCUUCAGAAAACGACUGCGAUCCAAAGAUUAUGAGCGGAGAGAAACGACCAGCUCAUCCGGUCUGGGUUCCUGCGUUUAUGAUAUAGAUUCUGUACAUAAUUCCACAGUUACAUAAAUAAAGGGACUGGAGAUGAAAGUGA